CCUUACCGUGAAAUGCUAAGGGGGUGUGCGGGGGUCCAUGUUAGAGGUAAUUUGUACAUGUAGGUAGGGGUGAAGUGACAAUGCAUAGAUAAUAAACAGCGAGUAGCAGCAGUGUACAAAACAAAGGGGUGUGGGGUGUCAAUGUAAUUGUUUGUUGGCCAUUUUAUUAGUUGUUCAGCAGUCUUAUGGCUUGGGGGUAGAAGCUGUUAAGGAGCCUUUGGGUUCUAGACUUGGAACUCCGGUACUGCUUGCCAUGCGGUAGCAGAGAAAACAGUCUAUGACUUGGGUGACUGCAGUCUCUGACAAUUUUAUGGGCUUUCCUCUGACACCGCCUAUUAUAUAGGUCCUGGAUGGCAGGAAGCUUGGCCCGAGUGAUGUACUGGGCUGUACACACUACCCUCUCUAGCGCCUUAGUCAGAUACAGAGCAGUUGCCAUAGCAGGCGGCGAUGCAACCGGUCAGGAUGCUCUCGAUGGUGCAGCUGUAGAACUUUUUGAAGAUCUGGGGACCCAUGCCAAAUCUUUUCAGUCUCCUGAGGGGGAAAAGAUUUUGUCGUGCCCUCUUCACGACUGUCUUGGUGUGUUUGGACCAUGAUAGAUAGUUGGUGAAUUGGACACCAAGGAACUUGAAACUCUCAACCCGCGCCACUACAGCCCCGUUGAUGUUAAUGGGGGCCUGUUCGGUCUGCCUUUACCUGUAGUCCAUGAUCAGCUACUUAGUCUUGCUCACAUUGAGGGAGAGGUUGUUGUCCUGGGACCACACUGCCAGUUCUCUGACCUCCCUAUAGGCCGUCUCAUCGUUGUCGGUGAUCAGGCCUACCACUGUUGUGUCAUCAGCAAACUUAAUGGUGAUGGUGUUGGGGUCAUGUUUGGCCACGCAGUCAUGGGUGAACAGGGAGUACAGGAGGGGACUAAGUACACACCCGAGGGGCCCUAGUGUCGAGGAUCAGCGUGGCAGAUGUGUUGUUGCCUACCCUUACCACCUGGGGGCGGCCCGUCAGGAAGUCCAGGAUUCAGUUGCAGAGGGAGGUGUUUAGUCCCAGGGUCCUUAGCUUAGUGAUGAGCCUCAUGGGCACUAUGGUGUUGAACACUGAGCUGUGGUCAAUGAAUAGCAUUCUCACAUAGGUGUUCCUUUUGUCCAGGUGGGAAAGGGCAGUGUGGAGUGCUGUAGAGAUUGGGUCAUCUGGGGAUCUGUUGGGGCGGUAUGCCAUUUGAUGCACAUGAAGUAGUAACUUCACCCUGAUUCCAAACACCUCACAGAUUGCAAUAGAUUUCCUGUCUGAAUACUGCAGUGAGAGUAGUAUGUGUCUACUGCCAAUGAUAAAGUACACUUUUAUAAUAAAGUGAAGAUGACACUUUAUGAGUAAAACUUGCCAAUAGUUGCAACUGUAACAUACCGGUAUGUUAUUUCAAGAUGUGAGUGGCCAUCACUAUUUCCAGUUGAGUUAAGAUUGUCACAGUCUGCUGGUGAAGCCUUGUUCUUAGAAUGAUAUAUUUAGACAUGGACUAUCAGAUUACUCUCAUCGUAUGUAUUUUCAUUUCAGGACAUUGACUUAAUUUUUUUUUUCUCUUCCAGAGCUGAGUUGGAGACAUGGCCUUUGUGUUGAGUCAACCUAACCAUGGGUCUCACAGCCUGGUAGUGUGUGGGUGCUACUACUAACAGAAAGGAACAUGGCAUUUGGGCCAUGUCUGGCAUGACGAUGAACAUGUUUAAGGUUGAGUCGGACUACAUUAACUGCACCAUCAGCCAUGAGAUCCACCAGUACCUGUUCUCUGGAGCCUACAUCCUGGUCCUUCUGAUCGGCUUGCCCACCAACGCCUUCUCCCUCUACCACGCCUGGCUGCAGCUGAGAGCCAAGAACGAGCUGGGGGUCUACCUGCUCAACCUGACCAUGUCGGACCUCCUCUACCUGGCCUCGUUGCCUCUCUGGCUGCAAUACAUCUUCCAGGGAGAUGACUGGAGCCAAACGGAGUGGCUGUGCCAACUGUGUGGCUUCCUGCUCUAUGAAAACAUCUAUAUUAGUAUAGGGUUCUUAUGUUGUAUCUCUAUAGACCGUUACCUGGCCGUGGUGUACCCGUUCCACUUCACAGCAUUCCGGAGCAUGCGGGCAGCUACAUUGGCCAGCGCGUUCAUCUGGCUGAAAGAGAUUGCCGUGGGCGUGGUCUUUUUCAGACACAAGGAACUAAGCACUGACCGCACCAACCAAUCGGUUUGCUUUGAGCACUACCCCAUGCAACCAUGGGAGUAUCCAAUUAACUACUACCGUUUCUCCGUUGGUUUCCUGUUCCCCCUGGGCAUCCUUUCCGUGUCGUAUUUCAGAGUCCUACGGGCAGUCAGGAAGAGCACUGGCACUCAGAGCGCCCAGAAGACCCGCAUCAAGAACCUGGUGACCAGCACCAUUGUCAUAUUCCUGGUAUGUUUCUCUCCGUACCACGUGUUCCUGCUGCUGCGUACAGUCUUUGAGAGGGACUGCCCCUUCAUCAUCAGUAUCUUCAACUACUAUCACUUCUCCCUGCUGCUCACCAGCUUCAACUGUGUGGCUGACCCGGCGCUGUACUGCUUCGUCAGUGAGAGCGCCCAGCAGGGGAUCCAGCAGGCCCAGGAGGCCUGUACCCAGGCCCUCUGCUGCAGCUGCCACAGGGGACAGCAUAGCCCUGUUACCGCCACCACCACAGGGACAGACUCCAACGAGGUGGUCACCUCCAACGAGAAGGGGACAACAACCGUCACACCGCUGACACAGAACCAGAUGAUCUAGCAGUAAUAUAAAUAAUACAUGGGUUUUAUAAAGUUCUUUGGAAGGACCUAAAGAUGCUUGAAUAGUAGUCUAGGAGCUGGAACCAGAUUUGGAUAAGAGGGAUGGUGGGAAAGAUACUGACAGUGACAUGGAACAUUCUGCAAUGAGAUGUCAUUUAAAAAAGUGUUAUAGCAGUGCUACAAGAGUGUUUUAAGGUAAUGUUUUUCAUUUUUCAUUUUUACAAUGCUUUCUUUUGAGAUAGUUUUGAACUCAAAACUAACUCUAUAUAGGCUAGCAAAUGUCUUCCUGUAACAUUUUGUUUCUAUCUCUCAUCACAUUAUUUAAUAUUAAUUCUCAGGGUUUCAAAUCCCAGACGGUGAUUUCAGGAGUGACCUGACUUCAUACCUAUCAGCACAGAUCAGACAUAUCAACACGUGACCUAAUAUAUCUCUAUCGUAGGUCCUCUACGAUUCUUGGGUUAGAUUCUUGCUGCUCAAUAUCUGCGAAUCGCUCCCAUUUCAGGGGUAUGUAAAGGAUUCCUCAACUUAGCUCAGAUUCAUAAAUGACACUGUGUGUAGAGCAUAAACAAAAAUACAUACAAACAGUGAGCUCCAAAUGUAUUGGGGCAGUGACAAUUUCUGUAAUUCAGCACUUUGGAUUUUAAGUCAUACCCCACCAAAAAUGAUAACCUCCCCAGAUUAUUUUAUUUAUUUUAUUUCACCUUUAUUUAACCAGGUAGGCUAGUUGAGAACAAGUUCUCAUUUGCAACUGCGACCUGGCCAAGAUAAAGCGUAGCAAUUCGACACAUACAACAACACAGAGUUACACAUGGAAUAAACAAAACAUAGUCAAUAAUACAGUAGAACAAAAGAAAACAAAAAGUCUAUAUACAGUGAGUGCAAAUGAGGUAAGUUAAGGAAAUAAAUAGGCCAUGGUGGCGAAGUAAUUACAAUAUAGCAAUUAAACACUGGAAUGGUAGAUCGGCAGAAGAUGAAUGUGCAGGUAGAGAUACUGGGGUGCAAAGGAGCAAAAUAAAUAAAUAAAUACCAGUAUGGGGAUGAGGUAGGUAGGUAGAUAGAUGGGCUGUUUACAGAUAGGCUAAGUACAGGUGCAGUGAUCUGUAAACUGCUCUGACAGCUGGUGCUUAAAGCUAGUGAGAGGGAUGUGAGUCUCCAGCUUCAGAGAUUUUUGCAAUUAGUUCCAGUCAUGGGCAGCAGAGAACUGGAAGGAAAGAUGACCAAAGGAGGAAUUGGCUUUGGGGGUGACCAGUGAGAUAUACCUGCUGGAGCGCGUGCUACGAGUGGGUGCUGCUAUAGUGACCAGUGAGCUGAGAUAAGGCGGGGCUUUACCUAGCAGAGACUUGUAGAUAACCUGUAGCCAGUGGGUUUGGCGACGAGUAUGAAGCGAGGGCCAACCAACGAGAGCGUACAGGUUGCAAUGGUGGGUAGUGUAUGGGGAUUUGGUGACAAAACGGAUGGCACUGUGAUAGACUGCAUCCAGUUUGUUGAGUGGAGUGUUGGAGGCUAUUUUAUAGAUGACAUCACCGAAGUCGAGGAUCAUUUACAUUUACAUUUAAGUCAUUUAGCAGACGCUCUUAUCCAGAGCGACUUACAAAUUGGUGCGUUCACCUUAAGACAUCCAGUGGAACAGCCACUUUACAAUAGUGCAUCUAAAUCUUUUAGGGGGGGGUGAGAAGGAUU